CAACACCACCCUCAACACCACUCUCACCACCACCCUCAACACCACUCUCACCACCACCCUCAACACCCCCUCAACACCACCCUCAACACCCCCUCAACACCACCCUCACCACCACCCUCAACACCACCCUCACCACCACCCUCACCACCACCCUCACCACCACCCUCAACACCCCCUCAACACCCCCUGAACACCACCCUCAACACCACCCUCACCACCACCCUCAACACCACCCUCAACACCACCCUCACCACCACCCUCACCACCACCCUCAACACCACCCUCAACACCACCCUCACCACCACCCUCAACACCCCCUCACCUCCACCCUCAACACCACCCUCACCACCCCCCUCAACACCCCCGUCAACACUCCCCUCAACACCACCCUCACCACCACCCUCAACACUCCCCUCAACACCCCCUCAACACUCCCCUCAACACCCCCUCAACACCCCCGUCAACACCACCCUCACCACCACCCUCACCACCCCCCUCAACACCACCCUCGACACCCCCCUCACCACCCCCGUCAACACUCCCCUCAACACCACCCUCACCACCACCCUCAACACUCCCCUCAACACCACCCUCAACACUCCCCUCAACACUCCCCUCAACACCACCCUCAACACCACCCUCAACACUCCCCUCAACACCACCCUCACCACCACCCUCACCACCCCCCUCAACACCCCCCUCACCACCUCCGUCAACACUCCCCUCAACACCACCCUCACCAUCACCCUCAACACUCCCCUCAACACCACCCUCAACACUCCCCUCAACACCACCCUCAACACCCCCCUCAACACCACCCUCAACACUCCCCUCAACACCACCCUCAACACCCCCGUCAACACCACCCUCACCACCACCCUCACAUGUAAUAAACUAGAAACCUGAGACCUUUGACCAACCCAUUGUGUUUCCAAACGUGUAACUUUUACAUUCUUGUUCAUCACUUCCAUGUCCGUGACGCCACAAACCCACGUGAAGAAUGGCUCACGGAGACCCAUACAGCUGAUUUAUGCAAAUGUAAAAAGUAAAAGUGAUUAGAUGGUUCGGGAGUUUAUUGCCUUCUUGUUUCUGUGUCUUGAAAAAGAUCUUGGGUUUUUUUGUGAUCAGGGCAGCAAACAGGACAUGUGGUGAAACCAUUAAGCCCCUCCCACUUAUCUAGUAUGGAAAGUAUGCCAAAAACAUUUUGUUUUAUACCGGGCGGGACCAGCCACCUCCCAGUUUACGCUUGUUUUUGUAUUUAAAUGUUCAAAUGGCGACAGAUGAGCACUGCCUCUCAUUGUUUCAGGGUUUUCGUGUUUGUUGUUCCUUUUUUUAAAUCAGAGGUGGAAUGUCUCUACGGAGCUGCAACAACAGCUGUGAGUCUUCCUGCUGGUCCAGAGAAAUCCCUCUUCAGCUUUUGGUUUCUGGUACUGUACCCAGCGGCCCGUGGCGGCGCAGCUCGGAUGCACAAAUAUGAGGAAAGCAUCUUGUGUCCAGACUUCUUAGGAAUCAUAUCCAGCUCACCGUGUUGGAGCGGCCUGCUGCUACCAACACGGUGAUGUUCUGACCCGUCUGUGGAGCUGUCAACAAAACCCAAGCCACCAACCACAGCAAGAUGCUCAGCUAAAGCACAAUCCCACAGCAGCAACAAGAACAAGAUGUCAGAUUAAGGGUCAGGGUAGGACACCACCUGGUCCUAAAGCACACAUCCAAAACAUGCCGUGGGCCCAGAAGUAGCCUGCGGACAGAAUUACGGGCAGAACCGUCUUUGAACAACAUGCUGCAAUAAUCUCAUCUAAGUCCACAAACCUGCCCAGACGGCCUCUGGAUCAGAUGGAACGGGUGCAUAGAACUCCGAACCGAGUCUCAGAUCGAGGUCUUGGUCCGGUUUUGGUCAGUCUGACGCCUGAAAAUCAGAUCCGAUUCCCAUCUCCUUGCUCUCCAGCCUGAGCAUCUGCAGGACAACGGCCUGCCUUUACAGAGUGAAAGCAUUGUGAUCUGUUUUGAUGACAGGAAUGUGUCGUGGUGCAUUUCAGGGCCUCGCCUGAAAGUUGGACCUAGAUGGAGAUCAGCAGCAACCUGUCUUCUCAGUUGGAGUUGGACAAAGAAGCAACCCUCACCGCCGCAGACCCUCUUCAUCCAUUCUAAAAGAUCUUCUCUGGGAGAAACCGCAGCGCUUAAACAGAUCUAUUUUACUACACGACACAUUUGAACAGAACUAUUUUAUAUUCUGUGGUUGUGUUGUGCCAUGAGGCGGCACGGUGCGUAGAUGCAGGAGAAGUAGAAGUUUCCGUUGGGAGUCUGCCCGGUGGACUGUGUGUGUAUAGGAAGUGUUUGUCUUUAAUAUGCCAACGUAGUUUUUUUUCUUGCUGGCGCAUCUGGAGCUGAUGGACGGAUGUUAAACUGUAGUCUCACAUUUUCUACAAGUUCUUACAAGAAAACCGAAUCAAUAAAUUCAAGAACAAACUA